UUUCCAAAUUUCCGGACUUUUUCUGACUUUGACCACCAGAAGACUUCGUCGCCGGACAGCCAGCGGAUUAUCGGAUCCGAGGGAUCUUGAUAUAGAUAUAGAUAUCGUUCCCACUUUCGUUCCGACGUAGAUUAGAGGAUGGGUCUGCUUUCGCUGCUGCGUAAACUGAGACCCAAUCCGGAAAAGGAGGCUCGCAUCCUGCUCCUGGGAUUGGACAAUGCGGGCAAGACGACGAUACUGAAGCAACUGGCCUCGGAGGACAUAACCACGGUGCGUAUGAGGGCCGUGAACUGGUUUCGUUUUCCCCAUAAAAUACGGAGUGAAACCCCGCAGGUAACGCCCACGGCCGGAUUUAACAUCAAGUCCGUGGCAGCCGAUGGUUUUAAGCUUAAUGUUUGGGAUAUCGGAGGUCAAUGGAAGAUUAGACCGUAUUGGAAGAACUACUUUGCUAACACUGAUGUGCUGAUCUACGUAAUUGACUGUACUGAUCGGACUCGACUUCCUGAAGCGGGCAGCGAACUGUUCGAGAUGCUGAUGGACAACCGGCUGAAACAGGUUCCCGUGCUGAUUUUCGCCAACAAACAGGACAUGCCGGAUGCCAUGAGUGCCUCCGAGGUGGCUGAGAAGAUGAGCUUGGUGCAAUUGCAGGGGCGGACCUGGGAAAUCAAGGCCUGCACCGCAGUGAAUGGCAUUGGCCUCAAGGAGGGCAUGGACUGGGUCUGCAAGAACAUGAAGAAGUAGCCCCAAUUAUCGUAAUAUUUGCCUGUUAAGUUUUCUCUAAGAUCUAAAUUACAAAUAUAUACGUAAUAUUAAUGUCACCUCAAUAUACCCUAAGGAUUUAAUCGCUUA